UUCUUAAAAUGAAGAAGUGUUUAUGUUUGGUUGUUUGCCUAUUUGUCCUUUUAUCUUUUGGAUAUGCUCACCGGACACGUAGAAAAGAAACAUUGAAGCAAUAUUUUCCUGGCGAUUGAAUGUUAUGAAUGCCUUAAAAAAGUAAAUGAACGAAAAAAGGUUUUGACGUUUAACACGGCAUUGACGGGGGUCAUAGAGCGUUUUUUUCCUGACGCCAUGACGUCACGUGAGAUGAGACGAGAUGCCAUAAUGGGUGCCGUCAGGGAUUCUGGCGCAGAUCUCGUGUGCUUACAAGAGAUACCUCUUGGAGUGGACGUGGCGACCAUUGUCCGGAAUCUAUCCUCUGUGUAUCCAUAUUCCUUCAGCGAUCUUCACCUUACGGACGGCUCGUUACCAUCCCAAACAGAAUCGAAAGUUGGACCAUGUGACACAAAACGGCUAGGUACAUUGCUCACCUGUGUUACAAUCAAAGGCUGCGUCAGCCGGGCCGAGUCUGGGGCUAUAAACGAGUUCCUCAAAUGUGUCGUGAACUGUUGUGGCAUCGAGUUUGAAGACCUUUUGAGGAAUGAUUGUCAAAAUUGUCUGCAAUGUGUGGUACUGACUGUAUAUAAUCCAGCAGAUCUUCUAAAAACUUGUGGGUCACCAGUUCCAAAUCUCUCAGUUCCAUCGCUAAACUCGCACGGUCUCCUGUUGUUAUCAAAACGUCCCCUGACUAAUACGGCAGCCGUCGAGUUCUAUCCAAAUGAUCCAGAGAUUCUUGCACAUGGCUAUAUAAGAGCAAAGGUUGACAAUAAAAUCACGGCAGCUUGCAUACACGCCAGUCCAUUGGGUUCCUUUAAUACAGAGCCAGCUUUAAAGAGGCGUUUCCGGUCCGUGCAGGAGCAGCUGAUGUUUGAGGGACAGCAGGUGUUCGGUGCCUUCCAGUCCUUGCGCCCACUUGUGCUCCUCGGAGACUUCAACGUAGGACCGAGGACAAGGGAAGCAGAACCGAUUGCAGAGGAAGCCUACAUGAUUCUGGCCCAGCUGUUCAGUACUGACGUUGUGGAUUGUUGUACUGUCUGCCCAGGAAACCCGUUUAUCAAAUUCAACCACGUGAUAGACCACAUUUUCGCUGGAGGAGCAAGUGUGAAAAACGCCAAGCGAGUAUUCACAACCGACGAAGUUUCUGUCCAGCCUGGUACUACACGACUUCCGGUUAGCGACCAUUUCGGUGUCAUAGCGAAUGUCUGUUUUCGCACCCCUGUGCGCAGACACUGAGGUUAAGAUAUACAUGUGCCAAUAAACUUUUCUUUUGUUGAA